AUGAAUGGUAAUUCAAAUGGAAUGAGGAGCAUCAAAAGGGCUUUUGAUCAAAUCAAGCAAGAUUUGGCAAGUCCUCUUGUAUUGAUCCCUCUAAGGCGAAAUGGAAAACCAUUAAGGUUGUACCUAUCUGCCUAUGAAGAUUCCAUUAGUAGACUCCUUACUCAAGAAAAUGAGAAGGGACAUGAGCAGACAAUUUUUUAUCCAAGUAGAAUCUUGCAUCAUGCCGAGAAAAGGUAUAACAUGCCAGAAAAAUGGUGUUUGUGCUUAUAUGAUGCAUCAGCUAAGCUCAUACAGUAUUUCAUGGCCUUUACAGUAGAAGUGCCAAGUGAUUCUAUAGAGAUUGCCUUUCCUAAGAAAGAGACUUCAGCUUCUGAUCAUAAGAACUCAAAGAGUCUUGGAUCUGUGUACUGA